AUGGCUGUCAAUCGAGAUGACGCAUCUUUAUCUGUUCUUUUUUUGGCAUAUUUAUUGUCGCAAACGUAUCUAGUUUUAUCAAAAAAUCAAUCUCUGUUCAUCUUGAUGGUGGACGGAGUGAGAUGGAAUUAUAUAGACGAAAAUGGAUUAAUUGGGUUUCCCAUUAUGGAAAAAUUUGGUGUUAGAGCUCAAUAUGUUUUGCCUAUUUUUCCAUCUAAUACCUAUCCUAAUUGGCUAACUAUGGUCACAGGCGUUUAUUCGGAAAAUCAUGGAUUUGUGAAUAAUUAUAUGUACGACAAAAAUAAAGAUAUAUAUUUCGAAGCAUCUCCUUCUUCCGAUGAUAUAUGGUGGUGGAAAGGUAUCGAACCGAUCUGGAUAACGGCUGAAAAACGUGGAAUAAAAUCGGCUUUAUACAAUUGGGAUGGAUGUAAUUUAGAAGUGGAUGGAGUCAAAGCAAGUUACUGCCGUCCUUACAGGUCUUAUAAGCUAUGGCCUAACGUAGAAAAAGAUACCAGACGAGCUGCUUUUGAAAUUUUGAAUUUGUUUCAACAAGGAUAUAGACUGGGUUUAUUGUAUUUUGAACCUGUCGAUGGUAACGGACAUAUUUUCGGUCCUGAAAGCUGGAUACGAAAAUGGGCUUUACGUCAAAUUGAUAAAAUUCUUUACGAUAUUCAACAAGAAAUACAUAAGAAAGGAAUGAAUAAUGAUGUUAAUGUAAUCGUUGUAUCGGAUCAUGGUAUGACUAGCAUCCGUUUUGGGCGGACAAAAGUGAUCGACAUAAAUUCUGUCGUGUCUUCAGGCGAUAUUAAAGUUAUGCUAGAUGUUUAUUGCAUGUCGAUGCUAUGGCCAGAAAAUGACAAAGAAGAAAAAGUAUACAAUGAUUUGAUAAAUGCAAAUUUGGAAGGACUUCAAGUUUACAGAAAAAGCGACAUCCCCAAUAUUUUUCAUUUUCGUGAUCAUAAUCGUAUCGCUCCAAUCUUAAUGUUAACAAACAGUUCGGAUUACAUCAUUGUUCCUUUGAAUGACCAGAAAAAGAUGAAACCUUAUUAUAUGUUGGGCACAAUAACUUCUUUCUUUUUGUCUGGAAUUCACGGUUGCAACCAAUACACCGAUAAGAUGUCCGACAUGAGAGCCAUUUUUAUGGCUCGCGGUCCCGCUUUUAAAAAUCUAAGAUCUCCACCACUUCACAUGGUAGACCAUUAUAACAUAUUUUGCCACGUUCUUGGAAUCGAACCACUUCCCAACAAUGGAUCGUGGCAUCGAGUAAAAGAUAUGCUUACACAUGGUUCGAAUCUGUAA